AACAUCUGAUUUGUGAAAUCAACUUAAUUUAAAAUUCUUGGAGGGAGCAGUGGUAAUCAAGUGGUCAGACAACUUGACUUUUAACUACACUAAUCCAGAUCUGGAUCUAAGAAGAACCUUCAGAAAAUUGUUUUUAUCCCAAAAACAAAUCAACACUUUUUAAAGGCACUAAUGAAUCCCAUAAGCAGCAGUUCAGAGGUUUAUCCCCUCCAUGCUCGAGUUGCAUGAACAACCCUGGUGAGCCGAUUUACAUACGACCGUUUAUUCCCGAUUAAUUUUAACCACUUCCUUGGAAAUGCGCAGGCGCAUAGUAGAUAGCUAUAUGUUGUCAAGUAUGGAGAACUACAAACUUUUAGAAAGAAUUGGAAAAGGAGCACAGGGGUCCGUUUAUCUUGCGGAAACUCGUGAAAAUCAAAACAAAUGUGUUCUGAAAAAGAUCGAGUGUCAUGAUGAAAGUGGAGCAAAUGAAGCCUAUAGAGAGGCUGUCAGUCUUCAAGCGUUACAACAUCCAUACAUCAGUAGUUAUAAAGAUUUCUUUGUCAUGUGGGAGAAAGAGACGUCAUCUAUGUAUUUGUGUAUUGCCACCCAAUAUUACCCAGAAGGUGACCUGAGUUCCGUAAUCAAGUCAUACCAGGAGCAGAAACAACCAGUAGAAGAAGAGGUGGUUAAGAAAUACCUGGGAGAAAUUCUUGAAGCUCUCUCAUUUGUACAUAAAAAAGGUGUUAUUCACAGAGAUUUAAAACCUAGUAAUAUAUUUAUACAAGAUGAUAAAACAAUAUGUCUGGGUGAUUUUGGUGUAGAAAGUGUCAUGAUUGACGCUUGUAACAAUACCAGAAACACAAUGGAAACUAAGAAUUAUAUGGCACCAGAGGUCAGCCAGAAGGGUUAUGAUGAGAAAAGUGAUAUUUGGUCUCUUGGUUGUAUUUUAUUUGAAUUGUGUACAACCUUUUUGUACACAGGUCAAGAGGUCACAGAUAAAAUUAGAGAGAUUAGAGAUGAUCCUUUAAUCCUGGAGGAUGUAUUUGAAGAUAUUGGUAAUAGUGAUCAUUUUUCUGGUGAAUUGAUUUGUGUAAUUAGGUCCAUGUUAAAAAAACAACAUGAUAAAAGAAAAGGAACAACAGAGUUGUUAGAGAUUAAUUAUAUUAAACAAUGUGUAGAAAUGAGUGAUGUCUUAAUGGUAGAAAAACGAAAAAGACAAGCAGAAAGUAGAAACACAAUUAGUUCUUUAUCACCAGAAGCUCAGGGUUUACUUGCUAUACUAGAACAUAUCGCUAAAUCUAUAGAUCAUGAAACACAUGUGCGGGAAGGUUUAGAACAGCUUGUUGGUCUUACAGAGAAAGAAGAUUGUAUUUUACUGGAUGAUAAGAGUAAAAAGCUGAUUGCCAUGGCGAUGCGUAAUAAUAUUAAUGAUAAAGGUGUUCAGAUUGCUGGAUGCACAGUUUUGAAUAAUUUAAUAGUCAAAGCUGAUGCAGGAGAUAUUUUAUAUACACCUGAAAUAAUAUCUGUUGUACCUGUGGCCAUGAAGCAACAUAUGGGAUGCCCUGAAUUACAACAAAUAGCAGCAGCUCUGUUGAUGGCACUAUCUGCAGAUGGUGGAGCAUCAGAAGUAAUAGGUCAGGUUGGAGGUAUAGAGAAUAUAUUAACAGCUGUUAGAAUGUAUCCAGAUAACUCAGAACUAUGUGCUACUUGUUGUAGUGCCUUGUGGAGUUUAGCAGUCAACGAAAGUAAUCUGUUGUUGGCCUCCAACAGUAAAGCUUUAAAAGAUGUUAGCAAUAUUUUAGAGAAUCAUAUUUUAUUACCAGAUGUGGUGGAAUCUGCUGCAGCGGCCAUUGUGUCUCUUGCUCUAGAUGAUAGUAUAUUAGAAUAUGUAAAUGAGAUAGAUUGUGUGGGUCAUUUAAUUAAUGGUAUAUCAAGUCAUAUGAAACAGUCAAAAGUGGUCAAGAAUUCUUGUAUGGCUUUAACUAGCCUGGUAGUUGACGAGGAAUGUGCCUAUCGUGUUUUAACGGCAGAAGAUGUGGAUGGUGUAGCUGGUAUACCUGUUAUAAUCAAAUCAUAUGAAGUACAUAAAGAUAAUGCAGAGGUUGUUGAAUCAAUAGUUAACCUAAUAGUAGAACUCGCUGAAUAUGAGGAAGCGUGUAAUGAUAUGAAUAGUUAUCAUGUUGACGAAUCUGUGAAAGAAAUGCAUAGUAAAUUUUCUCAGGUUAAGGAUAUAAUGACUCCAUGUGAAAAGGCUCUAGAUUUACUGGGAAACAAAACACAAAAAACUACCUCAUAGAAAAACAUUAGACUAACUGUGAACAUAUAGACUGUUUCCUAAAAUGUGAUUACACAAUGAUGUAGUUAAAUUAUAUCGGAGGCAUGAUGAUUGAUACUGAACACAACGAUUUACUCUUGAAUAGACUAAUGCACUAAUAGUCGAUGAACUAAACCUUGUUAAUAAUUGUAUUACCUACCCCUUUUUCAGUAAAAUUUAUAGUAUGGGGAGAUAACUCUUGUAUUUGUUAAAUUUUUGUGUAAAUGGAAAUGAAAUGAAAUGGGGUUUAACAUCCUACUGUUCUGCUUGUGUGAAUAGCGUGGAAGAAAUUAUUGUAUGACGUUUACAUCCCUAUGUUGUUUAAUAUGUUUGCCAUUAUAUUUUUGAAUUUUUUGUCAGGAUAAUAUGGAGCAUAAUUCAGAUACAAAAAGUAUUUGAUUUGGUCUCAAUGGAACUAACCUUUCAAGUAGGGUGACCUCAUACCUACAAUAAAUACUAUUAUGUCAAAUUACAACUAAGACAAGGGUUAAAUAUUAAGAGGAUGACAGAAUAUGUAAAGCCGCAUGUGAUAUAUUUAUUGUGAUACGUUUUAAAUGUUAUAUUUAUGUAUAAAACAAUUUACAUCAAG